CUCAUCUUCAUGACCCCCAUCUCAUUUUACGAAUCCUCCUCGUACUUUUCUGACAUAUAAGGGCCUUGUAGCCAUGUUCUCCGCUUCGGUGAGUCUUCCUUUUUCUGUCCCCUCGUUCUUCUGCAGUGUCUGGCGACACAUGAGUUUCGGGCUUCAGUACCCCGCCAUCCAUCCACCAUGACGUUCAGUAUGUCUCUGUUCCUGCUGCACACCCCAGCCUGCGCUCCUGAUGCUGGACUCACCGAGCUAUCGAGGCCGACAGACGAAGAGACGAACGAUCUUCCUGAGCUAGAUGUACUCGAAUGCGCUCAAUCUACUACACGAUGCGGUCGCUGCGCGCGAAGGAAACCUCAACCGUCCUUUGAAGCCUAUCCGCCAACACCAGAGGUAUACUACUGGUUACCCCGCGGUCACCUGCGAGGUUACAGACGUCUGAUUGCUGCCGUUUUGCAUUAUGCCUGUUGUGCCCGUCAGCGCAGAAGAUAUCAACUAAUCACUCGUUAUCGUUACCAUAAACAGAAGAAACCUUUCUCCGCCAUCUCAGUAUAUGUCGAAAACCUUACCUCCGAGACCUACGAUGAGGAUGAUCUUGCCGGUGUGCCCGAUCUGCUGGAAGUGGUGAAGCUACAAGGUACCGGGCCACAGGAGGUGGCUCGAGCCCUGAGGAAGAAGCUGAAAUAUGGUUCUGUACAUCGACAGCUGAGAGCCUUGACCAUCCUUGAUGGUCUUCUUCAAAAUGGAGGAACCAGAAUGCAACGUGCCCUUCUCUCGGAUGGGCCAUUGCUGGAAAGGCUUAGAAUUGCCGCCGCCGAUCCAACCUCCGACGCGGACGUUCGAACCAAGUGCAAAGAUCUGUUCGGACAGUGGGUCGCCAGUUCUAAAGACAAUCCUGGACUUGAAGGAGCCAAAUCACUGUACAACCAAUUGCCCAAGACACAAAAGCCCGCGCACCAGCGACGUGAGCAGAGCAGAGUCUUGCGAGAGACCGAAGAAGAAGUGCAACGCGAGCAAGAAAUGGAGUUGGCAAGGAGCAGGUUAGACAGCAUGUCCCCUGCCGGAGAGCCCUCCAGUCCUACGAGAUUGCGCAAGCAAAGUUCACCUAUCACCCUAGGCCAGUCCUCUAGCUUCGCGCCCAAAAAGGACAAAAAGGAAAAGAAGGGCAAAGUGAAAGGCUUCAAUUUAGAGCGCGAAAAGCCCAAUAUCCUCCAAGCAAUUGCCGCAUCUUCGGUGGCUUCUACUGGCUUGGCGAACGCACUGAAGCUUGUUAAUCGCGAGAACGAGCGGGUGUCUGACAAUGUGGAAGUCAUGAAGCGCUUUGAGACAUGCAAGCAGCUUCGACGACAGAUCUUACGCUAUAUCCAGUUUGUGGAAACGGAAGAAUUCCUAGGAGGCCUCAUCCACGCCAACGAGGAACUGGUCAAUGCUUUGAUGGCGUUCGAGGUCUUGGAUAAGUCAAUUGACGACGAUUCGGACAGUGAACUUGAAGAAGCACAGCAUCUCAGUAGGCAGGCUGCAAAAAGCGAGCAGGCUGCCACGAGAGAAGCCGAGAGAAUGGUGGCAGCGAUGAGUAUUUCUCCUCCGCCCAAACCUCCCCGACCUUCUCCCGGGCAUAUCGCCAUGCCUGCCCAACAGAGUCCACCAAGCCGGAAAGCGAAACAAAUCGAAAGUGACAGCGAAAGUGAGACUGAUGAAGAUGACCCAGAUGAUCCCUUUGGGGAUAAGAACGCGAUGAAGACUCCUGACCCGGAGUCACUAGGCAGGAAAGGAUAUACCUGGCGAGAAGUAUAGUGGCACGGUGCUGUGGUUGACCAUGAGAUCUGUGGCUGGGCCUAGAUCUCGCCUUUCCACGGCGCAUUGGGAGAUUAUGAGAAUCCCAGGUGCUGGAAAAUGUUAUGCUAAUGAGAUAAUGAUAUCGAUGAACUCUACAAACCAUGCAUUUGGUAGCGUGCGAGUACGAGGAUUUGAGGUCGGCAAACCCUUUAGCGACACCUUCAUAUCUCUGCUACCUGCCGAGUACCUCGAGCUGUUCGAUUUGGCG